AUGAAAAAGUUCCUGAUAAAUGGGACACAUCCGUGGCAAGAUGUAAAUCAAGGCUGUAAACACACACUAUCGGUAGCACGACAUCAUCGAUCAGAUAUUCAAUAUACACGUACCAAUAUGUCGCAAUUUCAGUUUGAUCAUUCGAUUUUGUGUUCUACGCCCCAGUCUAUGGGUGGUUUUGUUCGACGUGCGAUGAAACGUCAAAAUGAGAAUAAAGAAAACAUCACGGGUGAGGAUGAUUACAUUGAGGAGAAGAAGCCUCGAUUACUUGAUGACGAUGAAAAUCUACUUUCAUCAUCGAGUUGGCCGACACCAUCAAUGGAUGAUUCGACUGAAGUUUAUUCGAGUUUCGAUGAACAAAAUGCUUCUUAUCUGUGUCGCACUCCUCUGGGUCGAAUAGUGAAUAAUCAGGCACGUCAUGCGUGGCAUCCAAGAGACACUGAUGGUUUGGAAUCACGUCAUUACAAUCUUUCGUCUGUGAAACGAAGAAAUCGUCGUGGUGUAUAUCCAUCAACAAGAGUUCGAAAUGGUGUGACACGCGAAAUAAUCGAGUACAGUUCAACACUGGGAAGCUAUGGCAGUGGUCCAAGUAGUUUCAAAGAACCGAAUGGUUUGGCGGUGUUUUCCAAUGGUUUCAUUGCUGUCGUCGAUACCAACAGUCACACAGUAAAAAUAUUUGAUUCAUUCGGUCACUAUCACAGUUCAUUCGGUCAUCCUGGCAAGAAUGAAGGCGAUUUGUUGUAUCCGUAUCGAUGUGCCGUUAUGCCACACACAGAUGAUCUCGUUGUUGUGCAACGUCGACCAAAGCCACAAAUCCAGAUUUUCACCUCGGAUGGCAUAUUCAAAACAAGAUUUGGCGAACAUUUGAGAGAACCGCGCGCGUUCUCCAUCGACUCGUUGCAACAAAUACUCGUCAUUGAAUCAAAAGUCAUGACAUUACACAUUUUUGAUGGUAAUAAUGAUGGUCGAGUGCUUGGCUGUUACAAUUUACGACAACACCUUCAAUUUCCAACAGGUAUCUGUUCAAAUGUCGACAAAAAUGAAAUAUUCAUCAGCGACAAUCAAUUGCAUUGUGUUCAAAUUGUCUCGUAUCAAGGCCAAUACUUACGUUGCUUACGUGAUCAAAAUUUUAUCUUGUAUCCUAUUUGUUUAAAGUUGAACUCGAAAAGUCAUCUUAUUGUCGUCGACAAUCAUCAUGGGCUAAAUAUGACGGUCUAUGAUGAGAAUCAACAACGAAUUGGGGCGUUUAGUUCACGUACGUGUCAUGCACAAAUCUUGGAUGCCACUUUGGGUAUGAAUGAUACAAUGUUCGUGGCGACGCGCGAUUACCGCGUAUAUCAAUAUGAAUUACCGUGUUGA